UCCUUGUUUCCCAUAAACACAAUGGAUUCUCAGCAGAAGCCAAGCGCAGAGCUGUUCUUUCGAACAAUAUAUUGAAAAUAAUGAGAAGGUAUGAAAAUGGAUCAAACCUAGGCUCUUUUUGGUGACCUAAGAGAGAGAGAGAGUCACUGAUUGGAAACACUGAACAUAUUGACAUCGUACAAUGGACAUAGUUGUUCAUCGGUGUCUGUUUCUCACUUUUAUCUCAAAUUUUUUCAGUCACUAUGGCUGUGUCUCUGAAAACUGCACAAAAGCUGUCAUUGCAAGGCGCAGUUCCCUCUCUGUGCCAAGUGGGGGUAGUGUUUCACUGUCAUGUGAUGUACGGCACUGUGGGGCAGACAAGUGGAGUGGUGGAUGGGUGCGGUCAGAAGAAGGAUCCCAUACCAUAAUAACUGCUUCUUCCAGACGGGUUCUGUCUAACAUAACCCGGACCCCCAGCCAGACAAGCUUACUGGUCAGCUUUCAAAACAUCAGCCAGUCAGAGUCUGGGUCGUAUAUGUGUGAAAUAAGAUGGCCAGAUGGCACCAAUAGUCUUGGACAUGUGACAUAUGUCAAUGUGACAUACAUCAAUGUAACUGAAGCUGUCGGCUCCCAGAGAAAAGUGUCUCACAGGAUCUUGGUGUGUUUUGGUGCUUCUCUGUGUUUUCCUCUGGCUUUGGUGCUGGCCUGCUGCUUGUCUGACAAACCGCCCCAGGUCCCCCCUCGCUCUUACAAUACCCCCAACCCUUUGCCUGAACCACAAAACCUGGUGGUCUAUGCGGCCCUGGCUGUGGGUCGUCCGAAACAGCACAAUUUCAGUCCCAAGCGAGAACCGACACAGCCAACCGUUUACUCUUCUCUCCAGUUCUCCUGAUACUGCCUGGAAAAGUCAAUCGCUGUUUCAGCUCCUGUUUUACAUGUUAUGAACAAUUUACAAAAAUACCACUGAGCCUCUUUUGUGGACCGAUGAAGCAAUGAUGAAUCAGCCGAAGUACUUUAAAUAAAACUAUAAUUUUGACUUAAAGUAUAAUUCUUAUU